AUGAACUCUCCACAGCCCAAGACCGGCCUCACAUUGGCCGGUCGUUAUCUGGUCCCUUUUGUUUUGCUUUCGCUCCUUGUAUGGCGGAACCAGGUCAAUCAUUUCGUGCAGGAGCCAUACCUCGAUGAAGUUUUCCAUGUUGGUCAGGCACAGGCAUACUGGGCAAACAAUUGGAGCCAUUGGGACCCCAAAAUCACCACUCCUCCCGGCUUAUACGUGUGGUCAUAUGUGCUUUGCGCUGGUAUUCUUUUGCUCCGAGGAUCCCCGAAAGAUGUUGGCGUCAAUGAACUGCGUGCUACGAACCUCGCUGCCACCGCGUUGUUUCUUCCAUGGCGGCUCCAAACUUUAUUAGAUCUGUUGCGAAAGGAGCCGAACACCCGGCCGUCAGGUGCUUGGAUCAACCACACUGUUUUGAAUAUUUGUCUAUUUCCGCCGCUAUUUUUCUUUUCCGGCCUAUACUAUACCGAUGUGCUUGCGUUGCUAGUCGUGGUCGAAGCCUAUAUUUGGGAUAUCAAGAGAUCAGAUGUCAAUGGCCCGAAUAAGACAACGGUUGGGGCUCUGCGCGCUCAAAUCUCGUUCCAAAACCUAGUAUUUCUCGUGCUAGGGCUGGUUGCUCUUAUUUUUAGACAGACAAACAUAUUCUGGGUUUCUGUAUUUAUGGGUGGCUUACAAGUCGUCCGAACCAUUCGCCAGAAUACGAAACCUUGUGCAGCAACCAAAAUCCCCUUCGAACUUUUAUCAAAGGGCUUCCAGGGCGAGCUCUAUGACCCCCUUGUGGAGGAAGCGAGUUUUAUUGAUUAUCUCAAGACUGGCAUAUCUCUCGCAUGCGCUACUGUAAGCCAGCUCCCUCUUAUUCUCGCAUCUAUUACAUCGCAUCUCCUUGUAUUAGCAGCUUUCGGUGGCUUUAUACUUUGGAAUGGCAGCGUCGUCCUAGGACACAAAGAAUUUCAUAGCGCGGGUAUCCAUAUCCCUCAAAUGCUAUAUAUAUGGCCAUACUUUAUCUUCUUCUCAUGGCCUCUGAUUAUAAUCGGCAUCACCAAUAUAACAGUGCCUAGGAGGUAUCUUCCAAAAUUCUUCGAUUAUCGAUUUAGCAAUACCAACAGACUCCCUGGGAUUUUGACAGCCUUGGGAGUUAUUCCGUUGAUGCUGCUAGCGAUACAUUUUAAUACCAUUGUUCAUCCAUUCACUUUGGCCGACAAUAGGCACUACGUCUUUUACGUCUUCCGACUUCUGACAAGAUACCAUCCCGCCGUGAAAUAUGCCGUGGCACCUGUUUAUUUCCUCUGUGCAUGGGCUGUUUUUACUGCAAUUGGCUUUUAUUCUCCUCCUGGUCCAAAGGGGUUAUCUAUUGCGCCUACGCUUCUUGACUCUGCGAAUACCCAAACGAAACAAGGAUUCCCAAGCCAACAGAAAAAGCCAGAAACCAAGAAACAGCAAAAAAAGCAAUCCUCAAAGAAGAAAACCUCCAGCAACUCAAACAAGACCACAACUACGGGACCCCAAAAUACUCAAGUUGUCACUCCAGAAAUCAUGGCCAGGAUUCAAGCCCACGUCCUUCAACGCCAGCAACAACGUGAUCAGCAACAAAUACGCGUCAGCUUCGUGCUCAUCUGGCUUGUUGCCACCGGCCUCUCUCUCAUUACCGCGCCGCUAGUGGAACCCAGGUAUUUUAUUAUUCCAUGGGUAAUGUGGAGAUUGCAUCUGCCUCGUCAACCGACUCCGGAAGUGGUUCGACAACAGCAGAAGGAAGGGAAUCACAAUGCAUUGGACUUGUUCAAGGCGCAGAUUGCCACUGAGUUGCCGCAUAUUAUGGAAACCGUUUGGUUUUUGCUGGUCAAUGCCAUUACCGGAUACGUGUUCUUGUAUAAGGGGUUUGAAUGGCCGCAGGAACCUGGGAAGAUACAAAGAUUUAUGUGGUGA